AACAGGGCCGGAUACCAGUCUAAUAAGGUAAUAUCAAAAAGCAACAUGGCGUCCGCGGAUGAGAAUGAAACGCUGGAAACGUUGCUCAACAAGGCAACCAGUCCUAUGAACAGAGAUGAGGAUUGGGAGUACAUCAUGAACUUCUGCGACAGAGUCAACAUAGAACUUGAAGGACCGGAGAUAUCGUGUCGACUUCUUGGUCACAAGAUGCAGUCACCUCAAGAGAGGGAAGCUCUACAGGCGUUGACUGUUGUGGAAGCGUGUGUGAAAAACUGUGGAGAGUCCUUCCAUCGGCAAGUGGGGAAAUUCCGCUUCCUGAAUGAGAUGAUCAAAUUAAUAUCGCCAAAGUAUCUUGGCACAAAGUCACCUGAGUCUGUCAAGAAAAAGGUGAUCGAGAUGCUGUAUAGCUGGCAGGCCGGCUUACCCCAGGAACCCAAGAUCAUUGAGGCUUACCAGAUGUUGAAAAAACAAGGCCUUGUCAAGGAGGACCCGGUGUACAUGGAUAAGGCAUACUUCCCGUCUCCAGCCCCAAGACCCAAGAAUGCCGCAUUUGAGGAUGAAGAAAAGUCCAAGCUUCUCGCAAGACUGCUCAAGAGCAAGCACCCGGAGGACCUGCAGGCAGCCAACCGCCUCAUCAAGAACAUGGUCAAGGAGGACGAGAAGAAGACGGAGAAAGUCUCGCGCCGGAUGAACGAGCUUGAGAGUUGCAAUAACAAUGUCAAGCUGCUGACGGAGAUGAUGGAACACUUCCAGCCAGGGGUGACCAGUGAACAGGAGAUGGAACUCAUGAAGGAGCUUUACAUUGCCUGUGAGAAGAUGCGACCUAACCUGUUUCGGUUAGCCAGUGACUCUGAGGAAAAGGAUGAUGGAAUAGCUGAUGUAUUACAGACCAACGAUGCGGUUGUCAAGGUGAUGGAGACGUACAAGGACAAGAUCGGCUUGGCCAGUCUAGAGCAGCCAUCCUCCCCUGGACUCCUGAACAACGCUCCCUUGGCGCCUCCCGCCCAGACGCAGCAAGAAGACUCAUUGCUUGACCUGAGCGGGCUGGACCCAGCACCCGCGGCCGUCAAUAACCCCAGCGAUGGGCUGCCAUCGUUCCCCCCAUACACCCCACCGUCGUCCCCACUAGGGGCCCCAGGCGUCACCUCAACAACUCAGCCAUCCAGCACGCAGCUUCUUCAUGAUCAACUCUCAUCACUUGGUAUUGCUAACAGCACCGCAGCUCAGCAGAUUCCUCCGGCUACCCAAGGCUUCACGAGGACCUCGGUGACCCAGAAGACGAGCCCCACUGUGCUGGAGAGCAUGAUGGGCCCAAUCCCAUCCUCAAACUUGCCCAACUACAGCAUCCCACAACAGCAAGCAAGUUCCUCAGUCUUUGAUUAUCAACAACCGACGAACCCCCUGCGGCCAAGAAUGGGUGCUCCCGUCAUGGCCAGGCCCACGGCGUCCGGUGCAGCGGGCGUGAUGGUCCGUCCCUCUCAGCAGAUGGGGUCCAUGGGCGCUACCAUUCAACCGGUGGGGAUGAGCCCUAAUGUCAACCAAGCUGGAGCCCGACUGCCUCAGUACAGCAGGACCCCCAGCGGGGGCGGGGCCGCACCGCCUCAAGGCGGGGGAGGUGCCCAUUCACCGUUUGCCGAUUUGGAGUCUCUCGGAAAGAGCAUGGUGAAACAGCAGAUGAAUGGAGUCAAGCAGCCAGUCAGCACGCAGCAACCAAUUGCGGCUCCCCAACCAACAACACAGCAGCAACCGCCAGUGUCACAGCCAACAAGCCAGACCCUACCCAACCAACAAUUGCUGACGACCAUGCAAUCAGCAUCGCAACCAGUGACGCAACCCCCUGCACAACAGCCCGUGCAACCCCUGCUCCCCACAGCACCAGGACUGACACAACCUGCCACACAAGGGACGACACAACCCACAGCACAGGGGACGGUGCCACCGGUUGUGGCCAGCCCUUCCCCCGCUACGGUUCUCUCGCUGGCUGAUGUCUUUGUUCCACUGGAAACAGUACAGCCUGGCACUGUUGCUCCAAUUACCGCGUACGAGAAAAACCUUAUAAAAACUGUGUUCCAUUUUGCAAAGAAUGCUCCUAGGCCUGACAUUACGGUCCUGGUUGUCUCGACAAUGAGCACAAAUCCGUCAGCCGUAAAAAGCGUUGUAUUCCAGGCAGCAGUACCAAAGACGAUGAGAGUCAAACUUCAGCCGCCAUCGGCCACAGACCUGCCUGCCUUUAAUCCCAUUCUCCCCCCGUCCGCCAUCACCCAAGUCAUGCUUAUAGCCAAUCCGCAGAAGGAGAAAGUUCGUCUCAAGUUCAAGAUGCAGUACACAGUCAACGACCAAGUGACAACGGACGUGGGUGAGGUCGAUAAAUUCCCGGUUUAACAGUUUCUUUGGGAUCUUUACAUUAAAUGUGUAAAACUAGACCAUUAUCCUGAAAAUGUUAUUUUUGUUUUUAACUGGAACAAGAGAUGAAUCAUUCGAAUACGAGGUUUUUUUUUUUUUUACUUUUUUGGAAUGGAAGGGUUAAAUUAAAAUCAGAUAUAAUCACAAAAAAAGGAGGCCGACCGUACUUGAGAGGUUCUGUCUGUACAUGUAUAACAGAAUUUUUCUAGACCGUUUUUAUUCACAUUAGGAUGCCUUGAUUAUGUACAUAGUUACAUCAAAUAGUUGACCGGAACAUACAACACAGGCUGUUGCUGCUACGGACCCUGUACAGGAAUCUGUAUAUAUGCUACUGUAUGGCCUACUCAUUGGAGCAUGUAACAGCAUGUAAAGCGUCCCUGACUAACUCUUAAAGGUGUAAUAUAUAGCAUUUUUUCAAAAACUGCCCUCAGUUUACCAAUUUAGUUAGUCUAGAUAUUGUUUGCAAGCAGUUUCAUGUCCCUGAAUGGGUGAAAGCCAACUAGUCUUGUUCCCUGACCUUACAAUAUCCCUGUCGUCUGUAAAUUUUGUCUGAAGUAGGGUCAGGAAACCAGACUACAAGAACAGCAUAUUUGUUUCUUGGUUUUUCCAGCAUCUAUGAACACAAAAUUACACAAGUCAGUGCAACAAUAUUUACUAUAAAAUACUAACCCCCAAAUUCACCCAUUUGCGAAAAUUAGAGCAACAUCAAAUAUUGUAUAAUACCUAAUAAGGAAUGGCUGACACGUGCACUGUUUUGCCCUGAAUUACACAGAUACAGCUAGCUGCGUUAUAUUGUAUUUAAUAGUUCUAUUACAGAAAUAUUGAGAAUAUAAAUAUUCUACAAAUGUACUAUGAAUAAUAACAUUAACAUAAUAUGCUGUACGAUAUUAAAAUUGUUAUUUUGUUUUGUUUCUGCUUUUGUUUUGGCUUUUUUUUUUUUACUUAUAAAGUUAGGUCCAGCCAGUCGUAAAUGAAUUUCUUUAAAAGGAAGGUUAAGCUGGAACGUUUUGUUCACGAUUAUUAUAAAAGAAAAGAAGAGAAAAAGCCUCUUUGUUUUCAGCAACUGAAUUCCAUACAUUGAAAAUAUUAUAUAAUCUUUAUAAGAUAAUGCAACAAAAAUCUAAUGGUUACAUGGUAAUCGGAAGCUUUCAUUGAUAGCUAAAGCUUUUGUGUAUGUUAAUCUUUGACUGUGAAGCACAUGUAAGAUCAGUCAAGAUGGCUUUUGCAAAUAUUAAAGGUUUAAUAUAAAAUGUUAUUCAAGAGAUCUUACAGCAGUCUUUUACACUAUAACAGAUAACCCUAACCGAACUCAACCCAUCAAAGCCCAACAGCAGGUUUUGUUGAAACAUGUUGGGAUAGGUACAGUACCCCUAAUAACUGAUGGUCUGUUACAUUGGGUUUGGCACACCUCCAUAAACAGUGUGUGUACGAUUUCCCAUGUGGGUGUUGGAAUUUGCCAGAAUGGGUAUGGUUCCUAGUAAAUUAUGCUAGGGAGUUAGGGUCAAAGAAAUGUUGCAGGUAAUAUUUUCACUUGUGUAUAAGAGGUUUCCUGUGCCUAUAACUGUACAAAUUGGACUCUAUGGUGAACUUGAGAACACUUUUGAACUUCAGAAAGUUAAAAUAAAAAUGAUGCAUUCUUCAAUCAACAACA